AUGUCAGCACCAUCGAGGUAUAAUAACUAUAAUAAAGAUGAUACUAACAAUCAAUCAUCAGAAAGGUCAUCUUCAUCAAUACGAUCAUCACAACCACCACAAACCAAUGGAAAUCAAAUAAAUCAACUCCCAUCAUCAAACACUUCAAAUCCGUUUUCAAAUGUAUUUUCCAGAAAUCAUGAUCAAAGACCAAGUGCAGUGUCCAAUCAAUUCAAAGAUCGUGGAAGAGAAAGGAUAAGUGGAGGACCUGAUAGUUUGAAUAAUUCAAAUGAUAAUAAAAGAAAAUAUGAUGAGGUUUCCCGUGGUAAUUCAGAACCCUACCGCCCUAAACAACCAAGAACUAGUAGAGAUCAGAAUCAUCCUCAACAACCAAGAAAUAAUAGAGAUCAACAUAUGAGGAAUCCUCGAGAUCAUCAAUUCUCACAACAUCCAAGAAAUAACUCACAAUAUCCUCAACAACCAAGAAAUGGAAUAUCACAUCCUACACUGGGUCAAUACCCAUCACAUACAUCUGGUCAAUAUCCACCACAACCAAGAGCAAGAGAUCAACAUCAAAAUUUUUCUCCAAGAAAUAGGGAACCUAGCAAGUUUCAACCACCUAGAGAUCAACAUUAUCCGCAGCAAAUGACAGAUCAACAAUCAUCAUUACCACAACCUCAAUCUACCACUACAAAAGUUGUAUCUCAACCACCAAGAACUAAGCAAUCAGUUGAAUCCUCAAUCCAAAAACUAGAAGAGAAACUAACAAAAUUACAAGAUGUCCAAACAAUAGAUGAAAUUAAAGUAAUAGAUUCGAGAUGGGGUGUUAAACCAAAAGGUUUUGAACAAGUUAGUGCACCAAGAGCUAAAUUAUCUGGUUUAUUUCCAUUACCAGGAUAUCCAAGACCAGUAGAUUUCACAAAAUUAGAAGGGUUGAUUAAAGAUAGGUUACUGAAUACUAAUGACAUAUUAAAUGAAGUUUCCAAAAUAGAUCCAAUAGAUUCAAGAGUUGCUAAAACUUUAAUUGUGAAUAAUAUUGAAGAAAUAAAUUAUUUGAAAAUUGUGGAGUUUUUUAAUGACUAUCUAAAAAUGAUUGACUUCGAACAAAGUUCAAGUAAUAAUAUACAUAGUAAAAGAAAAUUAAAAGAUGACAAAACUUUAAUUAUUGAAUUCAACAAUAGUGAAUGUGCUACAAUUAUUAAUUCAUUAAAUGGAACAGAUUUACUUUUUAAUGCAUAUAAAAAUGAUGAUAUACCGAGAAAAGAAAUAAGUGACAAAUACAAAUUACUGAUUUCGAGACCUCAUGAAUACGUCGUGCAAGAUGAACCCGACAAUUCAGAAGAUGUAAACGAAAUUGUUAAAGAUAGUCCUAGAAAAAUAUCAGUCUUAAUUGCUUCAAGUAUUUCAAAUAAUGAAGCAUUGGAAGAAUUUCAAAAAAUUGCACCAUUACAAGGUUUCCAUUAUUAUAGACAAAAAGGUACAAAAGAACCAUUAGGGUUGAUAGAAAUUGAAUUUAGAGAGCAACUACCAAAUAUACUAAAUCAAUUAAAAGAUAUAUCAUUUGUUAACAACGCGUUUUUCGCAUGUAAAACUGAAAAUGAGACACCUGUACAAAAAGGUCCAAUAAAUCAUCACACACUCACAAAAUUUGUAAAUAAUGAUUUGGUUCAACCACGUAAAAACUCAACAGUAAUUCAGUUAAUAAAUGUUGUUUCUUCAAAAGAUUUGAUAGAUGAUUCAAAUUUUAAAUUUAUUAACGAAGACAUAAAAUCAGAAGCUAAAAAAUUUGGUAACAUAAAGUCAAUGAAAAUUCCAAGACCUGCUAAUGAUUUCACUCCUGGUUUACAACAAUUUGAUGUACCUGGAUUAGGUAAGAUAUUUAUAGAAUUUGAAGAUAGUGAAUCUGCUUUAAAAGCUAUAAUGGAACUAUCUGGGAGAUCUUAUAAUGAUAGAACCGUGCUUGCUUCUUAUUUUGAUGAUCAAGACUAUAAAAUGGGAUUGUUUUAA